GAAGAUGAUGGGAGGAGGUGUCGGAGCAUAGAUGGGGGAGGAAGAGGUUGCAGGCUGCCGUUAAUACCCAAAGAAGAAGAAAAAGCUUCUGGAAGAGUCUCUGAGGUGUGCUUUGAACUUGUGAGGAUUCAAAGAAGCUACUGUCUUCAUACAAGGUUAUCCAUCAAAGACAAACAUGGUCAAGGAAACGGGCUUCUAUGACACAUUGGGUGUGAAGCCUAAUGCUACUCCUGACGAACUGAAAAGGGCAUAUCGCAAACUAGCCUUAAAAUAUCACCCUGACAAAAAUCCCACAGAAGGAGAGAAGUUCAAGCAGAUCUCGCAGGCAUAUGAGGUUUUGUCAGAUGCCAAGAAGAGAGAGGUAUACGACCGUGGAGGUGAAAAGGCUAUAAAGGAAGGAGGGACUGGUUGUGGUGGUGGUGGUGGUGGGAGCUUUGCAUCGCCCAUGGACAUCUUUGACUUGUUUUUUGGCGGGGGUAGUCGGAUGCACAGAGAGCGAAAAGGGAAGAACAUUGUUCAUCAGAUUACAGUGACGCUGGAAGAUCUUUAUAAUGGAGCUACAAGAAAACUGGCUCUCCAAAAAAAUACUAUUUGUGAGAGAUGUGAAGGUCGUGGCAGUCGGAAAGGAGCUGCACAGAUGUGCAUGUCUUGCCAUGGCACAGGCAUGCAGGUCCGCAUGCACCAACUAGUACCAGGUAUGGUCCAGCAAGUGUCCACUGUGUGCCACAGCUGUCAGGGCCAAGGACAGAGAAUCAGCCACAAGGACCGCUGCAAAGCAUGCGGGGGUCGGAAAAUCUUGCGCCAGAAGAAGAUUUUGGCUGUCCACAUUGAUAAAGGAAUGAGAGAUGGCCAGAAGAUCGUUUUCCAUGGAGAGGGAGACCAGGAGCCAGGAAUUGAGCCAGGCGAUAUCAUCAUUGUCUUGGACCAGCGAGAACAUUCAUGUUUCACCAGGAAAGGAGAGGACCUGAUGAUGUCAAUGGAGUUACAGCUGGUUGAGGCUUUGUGUGGUUUCAAGAAGCCUGUUCAGACACUGGACAACAGGACUCUCCUCAUCACCUCACAUCCAGGGGAAUUGAUCAAGCCUGGAGACACAAAGUGCAUCUUGAAUGAAGGGAUGCCCAUGUAUCGCAGACCGUUUGAGAAGGGACGCCUUAUUAUUCACUUCUCGGUGGUGUUCCCACAAGCCAACUUCCUUUCCGAGGAGAAGCUGAAGGUGCUGGAGCGUUACCUCCCUGAAAAGCUGGACGCAGAGCAGCCGGAGCGUAUGGACGAUGACCUGUACAUCUACGCCGACCUGGAGGACUGUGACCUCGAGAACAGAAAAAGACCCAGCCACCAGUACUACUACAUGGAUGAAGACGACUAUGCCAGCACUGGUGGGGUUCAGUGCCAGACGUCUUAAAUAACAACCGGCCUGUUCGUAUUCCAGAAGCUCAUACCCUCAUUUCUAAAGCAAAGCACCUUUUUGGAAUUUUGUGCACUUUUUAUUUAAAUACUUCUCUCAAAGUCGUAACAGUUUUUUGCGGUUUUCUUCCAACCGAAUCAGAAGUCGGUUAUUCCCAACGCCAUCUUCAUUUAUUAUCGUGACACUUUUCUGAUGGAUAUGACUAUCCCAUAGUUCCAGGAAUAAACUGUGGGUGAAUGGGAUUUCUCUAAAUCAUUGUUUAGACUGUCCCCCCCCCCCACCCCGCCCAAUCACACUGUGAUUAGAGACGAGGGGUAUCGCAGAGCCUUCAGAAAAACUUUUCUCUGAACAAAGACUGCCUGCUUCUUAUGCAUUUACACUAAAACGGAUGCCAAUAUGAAAAUACCCUCUCUUUUUUUUUGUUUUUUAUAGUGUUACUAAAUCAGUUGUUGUGAACCACUUGUUGAUGACUUGUUCAAUCCGUUGUGUGUGUGUAAAGACCCAAUCUUGUGAUGGAGAGGGGAUGUGCAUUGAGACUUGUGAUGAAACAUUCAUGCUGUUUGACCCUUUCAAGGGCUAUUUUCUAGACAUUUCAUAACAAUCUUGACAAUGUGGCAAGGAGACGUUGGGAAUGAAGGUGAUAAUGAUUCAGUCCCGGCAGUAUUUAGAUUAAUGCCACUAGAUUUAUUCAAACGUAAGUUUAGUUUAAUAUUAUAGAGCUGCAAUCGGUUAUCUGUGGUGAAGCUGCACAAGUGCUUUUGUUUUGGAAAGUAGAACAUCUCAUGUGUUUAAACCACACAGUUUGAUAUGAGCCAAAUAUGACCGCUACUAAUGGUGUUCAGAAACAAAAGGUUCAACAUUAGUAAAAGUCAAUUUUUUAUUUGAAAACAAUUAACAGAUCAGGGAGUUUUCCAAGAAGCAGGUUAUCUGGAUUACACCACUCCAAUUCAGAAAGGGUACUUUUUUCUUUUUUUUCUAAGAAUUUUAUGUGGUGUGGGGGUUUUACUUUAGUAGAAAGUUAUCCAGAUAGCUCGUUAACCCUGCUUCUUAUAACAGGCCCAUAAUGCCUUGGUAGCAAAUGUAUUCCCUCUCUUGAAAAAGUGUUGAGUGCCAAGUUGCACAAAAAAAGUGAUUAAUGUCUAAGUUGUUUAAAAGAUAAUUCGUGAUUUUAAAAUCGGUUAAUUAAAACCUAAAUCUGGACUUUUAAAUUACAACUUUUUAAUCAAAGAAACGUAUUGAUGGGUCUUUGCUGGUGUAGGCCUAUAAGUCUUUUUCAUAUUCCUAGUCCUAAUUGUAAAUGCCGAAUGGGUCGGUGGGAGGUUCUAGAGGGACACCUGAUACCUCAUUGUAGUGUCUGCCUGUUUGAAAGCCUUACCAUAACUUCAUGUAAAGCUACUUGAUAGUUCAGUUUUUUUUGGUUUUUUUCUUUCAGUGCUGACUUUGCCCUGGAUGUUUUUAAAAGCACGACUUUGCUCACCAGAAGUGAGAUCCCUUAAAUUCUUUGUUGAAGCAAAAAUAAAUGAGGACUCAUAAUGUCAGGGGAACUCAACUCAAGUAUCACGUUUUGUAAUGUGACUGACGAUAUGUGUGUUAGGACCAAUGAUCUACUUGUUUAUGCUCAUGUUUUCUAAUUAAAUGCAGUUUGAUGGUCUCUCUAAA